AUGAACACAAAUGAAGACGUUGUAAUGAAUAGUAUCAACCAAACAUUGAUGACCCACUCAGAAGCUUUCGGAAUCAUCUUUAAACAUAUUGAGAAUUUCUCAAAAACAUUGGACGGAUUAUCUAACCACAUCAAUAAUCGGAAACAAAAGGUAAAGUCAGUUAAAUUAGUCUCCGACAGCAACCAACCAAUUAAACCUAAACAACCUCUUCCUCCAAAAACAACACUCAUAGAACAAACUCCAUCCCCUGCACAUCCUUAUCGAACUGAUGGACCAUCAAACCAAAUAUCUAAAAUCAAAAAUAUUACACAUCCAACAAACAAAUCGAAAAUCAACAAUCAAAAUAAGACAACAAACUUCAUCACCAACACAAACCUCACCAAACCAAUUGAAACAAGCACAAACCUCAUCAAACCAAUUGAAACAACUUCAAAGCCCCAAAGUCAACCCCAGCUUCAAUCUAAGAGCCCACCUAUCAACACCAGCUUCAACCUGAAUGAAUCGCAAUCGUCAUACUUGCAAAUAGCCAAGACAGCCAAGAACAUUACAUUUGAUCCAACAAAAAACUCCGCAAAUCAAAUCCUACAAUACAACAACAACCAUGUACCCUCCUGCUAA